CGUAGUGUCAACUAUCGUGAAUGGCUGCCUCCGAGGUGGUUUUGUCCCUUUUUGACACCAACUAGCACCUUUAGCCGCCUUCUCUCUCUCUCUCUCUCUCUCUGUGAAAUUUCCAGCUACUUUCUGUGGCACAAGUCGCAUCCCUCUUUUGGAUUCAUCUUUUAUCUUCCUCUCUUAUAUAUUGUCAACUCUUCAAAAGGAAAAAGGAUAUCGAAAAGCCAACUUUGCGGGAUUGCGAAUUCAUUUUCAACUCUGGGAUUCCUAAAAACAUGAGAUGAUUGAAGGAAGUUGGAGAUAUUGGUGCUGAAAUUUGGUACUGGUUUUUUUUUUCCCUUUCGGACGAGGUAGCGGCUGUUGGAGAUAAUAAGAAAGAUUGAUUUUUUAUGGAAUAAAGCCAGAGGAUUGUUCGACCGCAUAUUUGGGAGCUCUUUGGAUUUUGUCAAUAAUCAUACCUGUUUGGCUGCCGAGAAACGCUAAGAAUACAAGAGAAGUCAACAUUUUGGGGAUUUGAUUGUGGGUUGGUUUGAUACCCGAUAGAAGUUAACCUUGAGCGUUUAUGGAGCCUGAUUCAACCGUUUGUUCUAGUCCGAGAGAAGGUUUUAUAUCUUGGGGACUAAAACCACAAAUGUUGUAAGAUUGUAAAUUAGGUUUUCUUUCUUUUCUUUUCUUUUUUAUUUCUCAGUAGCCAAGUAAGGGCUUUUGUAAUUUGACUCAAUGGAGCAGCACCUUAUGAUGGUUGAUGACACAUUGGGCUACAGUUCAGAUAUAGAAGUUGACGACAUAAGGUAUGAAAACAUAGCGGAGAAAGAUGUUAGUGAUGAAGAGAUUGAAGCAGAAGAAUUGGAGAAGCGGAUGUGGAAAGACUGUGUCAAACUCAAAAGGAUUAAGGAAAGACAAAAACUUGUAGUGCAGCAAGCUGCAGACAAGCAGAAGCCAAAGUCGACCACUGAUCUGGCUCAACGGAAGAAGAUGUCUAGAGCACAAGAUGGCAUUCUCAAGUAUAUGCUGAAGCUGAUGGAAGUGUGCAAAGCUCGCGGAUUUGUGUAUGGUAUCAUUCCUGAGAAGGGUAAGCCAGUGAGUGGUGCUUCAGAUAACAUUAGAGCUUGGUGGAAAGAAAAGGUGAAGUUUGAUAAGAAUGGGCUAGCAGCCAUAGCCAAGUAUGAAGCUGAGUGCCUUGCCAUGAGUGAGGCAGAUGAUAUACGAAAUGGGAACUCUCAAAGCAUUCUCCAAGAUCUGCAAGAUGCAACUCUCGGAUCGCUUUUAUCUUCUUUGAUGCAACACUGUGAUCCCCCUCAAAGGAAGUUCCCACUAGAUAAGGGACUUGCGCCUCCUUGGUGGCCAACUGGAAAUGAAGAUUGGUGGGCGAAAUUAGCAUUGCCCCAUGGUCAAAGCCCUCCUUAUAAGAAACCACAUGAUUUAAAGAAGAUGUGGAAAGUUGGAGUGUUAACAGCUGUAAUAAAGCAUAUGUCUCCUGAUAUUGCAAAGAUAAGGAGGCAUGUCCGCCAGUCAAAGUGCUUACAGGAUAAGAUGACAGCCAAGGAGAGUGCAAUAUGGUUGGGAGUUUUAAGCAGAGAGGAAGCCCUCAUUCAGCAGCCAAGUAGUGAUAAUGGGACAUCUGGUGUAACUGAUUUGCGACGAGGUGGCCAUGGUGGAAAUAAGCGAGCUGCAAUUAGUAGUGAGAGUGACUAUGAUGUAGAUGGCGUUGGUGAUGGUGUUGGUUCUGUUUCAUCUAAAGAUGGUCGGAGAAAUCAACUGACAGAUGUAGAAACUUCAGACAAUCAACACAAUACUACUCCUGUCCAAGAUGAAGAUACAGGGGAAAAACGAAAUAGGAGAAAAAGAGGCCGUUUCAGAUCAAAAUUUGCUGAUCAAUUGCCUGCAACGUCUCACAAUGAACAUCCACAUAUUGAGCCAAGAAUCACUGUGCCUCAUGUAAACCACACUGAAGGGCAGUUAGUUGGAUUCCAGACCCAUGGUGAUCAGCAGGAAGAUGAAACAAUGACAGAUUUGAGGCCCCUGGAGAAAAAUAUUGGCCAACUCCAGUUGCCUGCUUCUGAAUCGAAUCAUUUCUCGUCUCUACCUUCUGAAAAUGUAGUUUCCACCCAGAGCAUGCAUGUGGAUGGGAGGCCUUUGCUUUAUCCUGUGGUGCAAAACACAGAGAUCCUUCAUGGAAAUGCCGGCAACUUUUAUAGUCCAUCGGUGAAAUACGGGAACACUCAUGACUGGCAGCAGUCGCAGAUUAGGCCAGAGGAAGUUGGAGUCCAUGCACCAACAACGGAUAGAAGUGGAAAUGAGAUUCCUGUUGGAGAUUUGCACUACUAUGCAAAGGACACGUUUAAUAACGAGCAACAUCAACAUAUUGAUCCGCAGUUUGGGUCUGCCAUUGAUACCCUGUCAUCGGACUGUGGAGGAUUGAACAGCCCCUUCGAUUUUGGAAUUGAUGGCAUAAGUCAAUUUGAUGACCUUUUACGCGACGAAGAUUUGAUCCAAUACUUUGGUGCUUAAGAAGCAUUACAGUUGAUACUUCAGAGCUUAGAUUGUAAGUGAUGUUUCUUGCUAACAUGCAUCUGAAUUUAGUACUCGCUUCAAGGAUUUUGCCUUGCGACUCUUGUUUUGCUACCCGAUAUUCAUCGCCUUGCAUCUAUUUGGAGAAUCCUUCAUCCAUCAGAGAGGAUUUGUAGAGGUGGAAGGGAUUUUGUAAUUUCAUUACAAAAUUUACGUCUUGAUUAGUAAAUAAAAUAAGGAAGGAAGAGUAUUCGAGGUGA